CAUUCCUUUCAGCUGCGCAGUUCCAUUCCGGGCCACUCCGCCCCAUCCAUUCGUGGCAACACCAUGGCGGAGCCUGUGGAUGAACUGGCCAUGCCGGAGUUGGUGCGAUUGUUACAAGAGCUGUUGGCCCAGUACCAAGACCCCCUCUUCCAGUUGCAGCUCCAACAGCUCCAGCUGCGCGCUUCUGUUUGGUGCGCGUCGGACGUGCGUGCGGCCAAGAAGGCUUUGGCAGCCAAAGUACAGGAGCCGAUUUUGCAGCGCUAUCGCUUUCCGCCGGGAGAGGCCGGGCUCUUGGAGCUACGACACCUGGUCCGGCGCCGAGUGGCUGAGGGCUGCCAGCGUGUGGAGUCUCUGGCGAACUUGACACGGCAAAGCCUGGGGCUCCCCAAGCUCGAAGUGUGUCGAAGCGUGGAGGAGGUCCUCGAAGAGCAGAGGAAGCAAACCCAAGAGGCUCUCCGCUGCGACGUCUUGGGCCGUGUUCCGGUGCACGUGCGCGCCAGCUGCGUGGAGCGUGUAGCCAGGGAGGUGGCACAGCAGUGCAUCAGCAGAUGCCAUGGAGAGCUCUUGACGGAGCUUUUGAGGUCCGGCGAGGUUCCGGUUUCCGCCGUCUUGUCCAUGCUGACCAUGGCGCGGAAGGGCCUGCCGCUGCUGAGGCUUCGCAGGCUUCGUCUUGCAAUCGUUAUCAAACCAGCCAUGUCCAAGCAGCAACUGUGGCAACAUGUGCUGGCCUCUCAGCCUGUCCUUCUCCGCGAGCAGUUCCAGUGUCCGGAGUUCCUCCGUUUGGGGGAGGAGGCCUUCUUGCAGUCGCUCGGAGAAGGCACAGUCCAUGUGAAGGCGAAGUCCUUCAUGUCCAGGAAAGGAUGCCCGGUCUUCAUGUGCGAGCCUUCCCUGAAGAUGCCCUUCUCGGAAUUUCUGGAAAGCCUAAAGAAGCGGCAUUGUCCUUUCUACCUGGGCAAAGCGCCCAUUGCCACGGAGCUGCCGUCGCUUCAGAAGCAUUUGGAUCGCCACACGGCGGAGACAGAUGCCGCAGGCGCCGCGAUCACUCCACUGGAACUCUUCGGUGGGUGCUUUGGGGCCUUGGUGCCAGCAGGAGUCUACACCUACAUGGGCGCCGGGCGGAACACGACAUCGAUUCACUUCGAUGGGUAUGAGAACUUGAUGAUGUGCAUGCGCGGCAAGAAGCACAUUUGUUUGUGGCCUCCCUGGGCAGCAGCGCAGCUGUACCCGGUGGGCGAGUCCUUCAGCUGCCCCGAUGGAUUCACCCGUUCAGCGGUGAGUCCUGGAGGCCUGCGCUUCGAGGAGUUGGAGGCUGAAGAGCAAGCGCGCUUAGCGUGUUACCGCCAUGCAGAGCCUCUUCGCCUGACCUUGGAGCCUGGACAGCUGCUCUAUCUGCCAGCGGGGUGGUGGCACUGCGUGGAGGGCUCAAUGGAGCCCAACAUGAUCCUGACGCCCCGUUGGAGCGAGCGAGCGGAUCGCGGAUCGUUUUGGGUGACACUGGAAGAGUCACAUUCCAUGGAAGUAGAUGGGAUGCCAGAGGUGGGUCAGAACCUUAGUUCGACUAUCCCAGUUGGGUACCCCAAGUUAUGGUCCUUUCUCAGGUCAUUGAACCUCUCUUGGUGGUCCCGAAAAGAAGACUUGUUUCUUCAUCUUUCUUCUACCAAUUCUUGGGGUGGGCUCCACUUCCAUGUGGAUGUGUGUUUGUGGAAGCGUAGUUGGACGGGUCACUUCAUGGAUCUUUAUGGCACGUCUUUGGUCGUUCAAAGAGGACAAAGCCUGACCCAGCCUGCCAGGCAUGUGAGGGGGAGGGUGGAGGGGGGUAUUUUGAGACAAGUGGAAGUGAGAGAUGGUUGGCAAAUGUUGGUUCUAUGGCUCGCGCCAUUGGAGCUGGCCGAAGCACUGGGAGUAUGCUCUGCCAAGAAAGGAUCAACUGAAAAGUGUCGGAGGGGCAGGCAGACCUCACACAUAGGUUCAUAUAGCUGGUUCCCAGAAGAAAAACUAGAACCCCUCAACUCCUCAACCUCAGGAGGCUUGCUUUUGUUGUAGUUAUGAUGUUGCCCCGGGUCCUUCAGAAAAUCUUUGUUGAACAGUUCGUGACCUCCAAUCGUUUUGUUUGCUUCGUCCAACUGCGCCAAGCUGGGGGGCGUAACCGCCUCACCUGUCACAGCACAGCCUAACCUGUGUCCGGCGAAGACGAGGAACUGGUGGUUCUCUUUACAUCCGCAGAAGAUUGCACAAGAGCAGGACGCCAAGUAAGAGAAGCUCAUGACCCUCAUGACCCGUGUCCCUCAUCGGAGAUAUUCGGAUCUGGCACGGACAGAAUCGGAGGCAGAGUCGAAACCGGCCCAUGGCAUCCCCAUGGAAGCCUGUUCGCGACAGCCAUGAAAGCCUGGUCUGGAAGUGGAUGCAAUGGAGUUGCUUUGGAGGUUUGAGGCGUCGCAGGAUUGUGGGCAGUGACGGCAGUGACCUGCAGGAUUGUGGAAGUUCUUUCGAGGAGGAAGUGGCGGCCGCAACCGGAUUUACUACUUUGCUGUGAGCAUUGUUUUUCUCAACAGCCUCGUCGCAAUGAACUUGCAGGAAUCGUUCUCGGUGGAGCAAAAGGAAGAUUGCAGAACACGCAGGAUUACUGGUUUGCUGAGCUGCCAGUUUGGAUGAAAGGGGGUCCUGGAGUGCCAGAGAUGGGCGAGGAUGACCACGUCCAGUCCUGCACAGCAAACUGAAGCCAUCCUUGGCGCAGUAGCAAUGCUACUCAUACAGACAAUACCGUCAAUAUCCUGCGCUUGUGUGGCCUUCCAAAAGAAGAGAGAGCGUGUGGUGACUUGAAGGGCCAGCAUGACAUCGAUGACAAGCAGUUGACCACACUGUAAGUCGAAGCAUU